AAGCCAAUCAGAAGCCAGCAUUGAUCUACGGCUGAGACGUAACUUGUCUUGCUCAGCACUAGUGCUUCACAAAUCACUUUCCAGUCAUGUCGACGACAAACGUCAAGCGCAAGCGUGCAAGAAAAGCAUGCAUUCCUUGUCAUGAGCGCAAGCGAAAAUGCGACAAUGUGUAUCCGUGUGGCAUGUGCAGCACCUACGGAUACAACUGCAGGUACACCGACGACCACCCCACUAUUCCGCCUCCAGCCAAGCGCGUCAGCCUCGACGGUGAAAAUCGUCUGACGAGUCGCUCCGCCACAGACUACAGUCCGAGCAGCCGCCGCGAAGGCGAUGGCUCGUCGACGAAGAGUCCCACCGUCGUGGCUGGCGCGUCCCCGGGCAUCUUCGACGAGCAGAAGUUCCGAUACUCUGGGGCAUCGGCGGCCAUGGCAUUUCCGCAUAUCCUAGGGGUGGCCCUUGGUUCUGACAGCCCUCCAAAAAUGCGGUCGUUUGCUUACAACUUUGGCAUUCGUCCCGAGGAGGCAUCCAAUGCGCACUGCUUUCUGGGAAAUCUCAUCUCGGAGGAAGACCUGGGUUUCUUCUCGGGGGCAUACUUUUCGGUCUUGAACCCCAUUGGCGACCAGAUGGAUCCGAGAAUCUACGCCCAGCGAUGUCGGGACUAUUACCAUAGUUCGGGCAGUAAUGCAGUCGCCUUUGCCGCCGUGGCCGCUGGCGUUGCUGCUCUCGGAUCGUUCCUAUCUCCCAACCGACACCCGCGCGAGUCGGACCUGGUGCAGUACGCCAAAGCCAUCCUUGAUGAUCCGGCCUCGAUGCGUUUGCAUGGCAUCGAUCAUAUCGUCGCCUGGGGCCUGCGAGUGCUUUACCUACGGGCAACGACCCGGCCCAGCAAUGCUUGGAUCGCCUCGUGCACGCAAAUGCACCUCUGUGAAGCGAUCGGGCUGCACGAGGAAGAGAAUAUCAAAAAGAUGGCGUCGCUUGCUGGCGCCGCGGUUCUUGGGCAUGAUACGGACCGGUUGAGGAGAAUAUUCUGGAUUGCAUGGGCCGGACAUACCAUGCUGUCGUAUGAGUACGAUCGUUCGCCGGUAGCAUUUCGAACCGUGACUUGCCAGCCGAUCAUCUCGAUUCCAGGGUCUGUUGCCGAUCAGUUCGUCCAACUGAUUCAGAUCAUUCCAUCGCCUAAUUCCCCGUUCCAGCUGGAAUUGCAGCCUACUCCGAGUGAGGAGCUAUUCAAGCGUUUCCAAGCGCUGGAUGAGCUUCAAUUUACCGAUCCGUUUCUGGUGGUGACCAAGGCAGAUAUUGCGUUUUGCUUCUAUCGACGUCUUUACCAGCUGAAGAUCCGUAUCCCGGACGAUAUCAUCAAGCUUAUUAUUGAUAGCGGCAAUGCCGCAGUGGAGGCGGCCGAGCAGCAAGCGAGUCAGGGUCGUCUGUUCUGGAACGUCAUCGGCAGCGUUUUUCAGUAUACCUGUAUUCUGUUAGCCAUUGACACGCCAGCGGCCUCUGCUCACAUUGGGACCGCAUUCAAAGGCUUGGAGAACCUUGUCAAGGCUGCCGAUACGGGGCUGACGCGAGAGGCGUUGUCGAUGGCGCGACACCUACUCGGGUUGAAUAUGGCCAAGAAGCGAAAGGAACUUGCUCAGCUGGAAGCGGUCGAGGCGGGAUACGAGUUCUUUCAGGCACCGGUAGCGGAGGCCACCGCGGUGCCUGACAUGGAUUGGGAGGUGGACUGGGAUCAAUUCUUCAUUGAGCCAUAUUUACCCAUGCUGGGUCCUGAAUUUCAGGUUUGAUGCGUUGAC